AUGGAUACUAAAGCAAUGAAGUCACAUCGAAAAAUGUAUAAAACAUCGGACAAUGUAUCCCAACAACAGCCAACAACGGUAACACCAAAUCAACAACCAUUGUCGGAGGAAAUCGUCGCUCGCUACUUAGCUCGCAAGCCGAAUUUUCUCAAACGAUGGUUCAAAGAUUAUGCACCGAAUGACUUGCUGCAAGAAUGCAUUCGAAUCAAAGAACAAAAAGAUUAUUUAGCUAAACCGCGAACAUCUCUAACACAUGAAAUGUUUAAUAAUAUUGUCCAAGGUCAUCGAUCAAGUCGAGAAUUACCAUCAGCACCGUCACAAGCUGUGGAUUAUAUGAGUUUAGAUGAACAUGAACUUUUCUUUGAACUUAUACGUGAUAUAGCCAAUGAAUUAAAUGUUGAUGUUGUUUGUCACAAGAUCUUGACCAAUGUUUCGAUUUUAACCAAUUCCGACCGAGGAAGUUUAUUUUUGGCACGUGGUCCAAAAGAUGCACGAUAUUUAGUUUCGAAGCUAUUUGACGUUACAGCAGGAUCGACACUCGAACAAUCGCUUCAUAAAGAAGAUCAACAAAUCAUCAUACCAUUUGGGAAAGGUAUUGCUGGUCAUGUGGCAUUGACGAAAGAAUAUAUUAAUAUUCCUGAUGCAUACGAAGUAAGUCAUUUCUUCGGAUACGAGUAG